AUGACUGCAAUUAAUGCUGCCUCAGUUCACCUAACUCAAAACGAUACUCUGCCCAUUUUAUCUACUCACUAUACGACAAUGCCUCCUGAUUAUCCCAAUGCCUCCCUUACUUCUCUCAAUUCAACUACGUUCAGGAUUUUAGACAUUAUAGUGGGUGUUGUAAUGGGUAUCACUAUAGAACCAGAUGCUGGUUUCGUGAAAGACCGUUUCUAUGCCGGCUCCCGUCUCCUACAGCCCGUUAGUAACUGGUCCGGUAUCCCAGUUGAUAUGAUCAACUUUGUCUUCGCAUCAUUUAUUAGCCUCCCUCUUGCCUUGAUCAUGAGGUUUGCAUUACCGCCUUCCCGUGUUCGUCCAAUCUUCCGAGCCUUGGCGGAAAUUGGACUCGGAGUUGGAGUUGUAAUCUUCUGCUUUGGCAUGCAACUCCGAGUUCUCCUUUUACAAUCCUCUGUGGCCUAUGUCAUGCUCUUGUUGUGUCGAAGAGAUCGUGUAGUCACACCAAUAGCGGUGACUGUUUGGUCACUACUCUAUCUCAUGCUUAUUCAUCAAUGCCGACUUUAUUAUGACUAUGAGGGCUAUACGCUUGACAUAUCUGGAGCUGUGAUGCUUCAAACUCAACGUCUUUCUAGUCUGGCAUUCAAUCUCUACGAUGGAGCGAGGAUGGCAAAAGUUACCACCGCGACUAAUGGGGCUUGCAAGACUUCAAAUGAAGAAGAUGACAUCCUGGACGGUCAGGAUGAUGCUACUAGGGCCAUUGUCGAGGACACUGAUCCAAAGAUUGCCCCUUCGAGUCGGGAUUGUGCUGUAUCGAAAAUGCCUGGACCUAUAGAAUUCGCUGCAUAUUGCUUGUAUUUUCAUGGGGUGUGUAUCGGGCCUUUCGUUUUCUUCAAGGAUUAUCGCAAUUACCUUCAUGGUUAUGAGAAUAAACGCUUGCCGACGAUCCCAUAUCGACGAAUGUUCUAUCUCACUGUGCAGCUAAUGGCCUAUGGUCUGACUUAUGCGAUCUUGUUUAAUCGAAUUUCUGUCAGCUUUAUCAACCAUGGGGCUUUUCAAGUAAGCUAA